AUGCCUGUGUUUUCAGUCAAUGUUAAAUGGGGCAAAGAGAAGUUUGAUGCCGUGGAGCUCAACACUGAAGAGCCACCCAUGGUGUUCAAGGCUCAGCUCUUUGCCCUGACAGGAGUGCAGCCGGACAGACAGAAGGUGAUGGUGAAGGGAGGCACUCUCAAGGACGACGAGUGGGGUAACAUAAAACUGAAAAAUGGGAUGACUUUGUUGAUGAUGGGAUCAGCAGAGGCUCUGCCUGAGGAGCCUGCCGUCAGACCCAUGUUUGUCGAAGACAUGACUGACGAACAGCUGGCCUCAGCUAUGGAUGUUCCUUGCGGGCUGACCAAUCUUGGAAAUACCUGCUACAUGAACGCUACCGUGCAGUGUCUGCGCUCUGUGCCUGAGCUCAAAACUGCACUCAGAAAGUAUUCGGGUGCGCUGCGCUCUUCAGGGCCCAACUUGUCUUCACAGUACAUCACUGCUGCUCUGCGUGACUUGUACGAGACUAUGGACAAAACCUCGUCCAGCUUGCCUCCCAUCAUCCUUCUGCAGUUUCUCCACAUGGCCUUCCCGCAGUUCGCAGAGAAAGGAGAUCAGGGUCAAUAUCUCCAGCAGGAUGCAAAUGAAUGUUGGCUGCAAAUGAUGAGAGUUCUUCAGCAGAAGCUGGAGCCACUAGAGCCCGAGACUCCCAUGGAGACUGACUCUGAAAGCGGUGCCGCUUCUGCCUCCACAAAGAAAAAUUUUAUUGAUCAGUAUUUUGGUGUCGAGUUUGAGACAACCAUGAAAUGCACAGAGUCUGAUGAAGAGGAGCCAAUCAAGGGCAAAGAAAGUCAGCUUCAGCUCAGCUGCUUCAUCAAUCAGGAAGUCAAGUAUCUGGCCACGGGUUUGAGGCUGAGGCUUCAGGAAGAAAUCACCAAGAUGUCGACCACCUUGGACAGAAAUGCUCUUUACAUUAAAUCUUCAAAGCUGAGUCGUCUUCCUGCCUAUCUGACAGUACAGAUGGUUCGCUUCUACUACAAGGAAAAAGAGUCCGUAAACGCCAAAGUGCUCAAGGACGUGAAGUUCCCUCUGAUGCUGGAUGUGUAUGAGCUGUGUACAGCCGAGGUGCAGGAGAGCAUGCUACCUGCCAGGUCAAAGUUCAAAGAGAUGGAGGACAAGAAGCUGGAGAAGCAGCAGCAAAAGCCCAAACAAGUGACUAAGAAGGAAGGCACAACCAAGGAGGUGAAAUUUGAGCCUUUCUCGUUCCCUGACGACAUAGGCUCCAACAACAGCGGUUAUUACGACCUACAGGCGGUACUGACGCAUCAAGGCCGCUCCAGCUCGUCCGGUCACUACGUGGGCUGGGUCAAGAGGAAAGAAGACGAGUGGGUGAAGUUUGAUGACGACAAGGUGAGCGUGGUGUCGCCGGAGGACAUCCUGCGGUUGUCGGGCGGCGGCGACUGGCACAUCGCAUACGUUCUACUCUAUGGCCCGCGGAGGCUGGAGAUACUGGAAGAUGAUGAACAGUAG